AUUGGGUCGAUUAUGUCAUGGCGGGUUAGAUGUUUUCGGCACUUGAUUCAAUAAGAUUUGUUUUGAAUUACGCCGUCAAUGAUCCCGUCGUGUACUUUAUUGUUUAAAACUACACCUGAUUAUUUAGUAUUGAUCAUUUCGUAAACAAUUCAAAUGCUGAAACAAUUGCAAAUGGGCCUUCGCGCGUUUAUGCUCCUUGCUUCGAAAGUAUGGAGUUGUGUUUGUUAUAUGUUUAAGAAGCAAUACCGAGCGUUGGCUCAAUACCAAUCUGUCAAGUAUGAGGUGUACCCACUGUCCCCAGUAUCUAGACAUAGGCUGAGUCUAGUUAAGAGAAAGAUGCUGGUCCUAGACCUAGACGAGACGUUAAUCCAUUCGCAUCACGACGCGAUGCUGCGGCCGACGGUGAAGCCGGGGACGCCGCCAGACUUCGUCCUGAAAGUCACCAUAGACAAGCAUCCCGUCAGGUUCUUUGUGCACAAGCGGCCACAUGUUGACUACUUUCUUGAUAUAGUGUCGCAGUGGUACGAGUUGGUGGUGUUCACAGCCUCGAUGGAGAUUUACGGCGCGGCCGUCGCCGAUAAGCUGGACAACGGCCGCGGAAUACUACGCCGCCGGUUUUAUAGACAACAUUGCACAGCCGAGCACGGCUCAUACACCAAGAACCUAUCUUCGAUAUGCGACGACCUAAACAGGGUGUUCAUAUUGGACAACUCCCCCGGGGCCUACCGGGACUUUCCAGACAACGCGAUACCAAUAAAAUCGUGGUUCUCGGACCCGUUGGACUCGGCGCUGCUGAACCUGCUGCCGGUCCUCGACGCGCUGCGCUUCACGCACGACGUGCGCUCCGUGCUGUCGCGCAACCUGCACCUGCACCGGCUGUGGUAGCGUGCCGCUAGUCUAGCAUAUAAGGUGAUUCGGCUUUUGUACAAAAUGGGCCCCACACGGCCGGGCUCGGAACUAUUUAUUAUUUCACUCGUUAAAGAAAUACGCCGUUCGCCGCUUAUUCAAAUAUACAUAUAGAUUUAACUGUAGUUCAAUACGUUUGUUUAAGUUUUUUUGUGUUUUUCGUACUUGAAAAGUGAACGCUUAUACAUUAUGUAUAUUCGUAUAAUCUAAUAAUGUUAGGAUACAGGCGAUUAAUAAUGGAGUUUCAUACAACUAUUGUUUAUAUCUUUAGUUACUUCUCGGGUACUAAAUACUACUUGAAAGUGAAGUUGACUAAAAUAGUGAAUAUUUCGUAUUGAGAUUUUUUCAUUGUCAUACAGCCAUCCAUGGACUAUAUGAAUGUAGACAUAUAAAAUGACAGUUUUUUGUCAGUAACCUAGACUAGAGUAUAACCUACAAUUCAGAUUGUUUUUCUUCAUGAAGGUGUGCAUAUAAAUACCUACUUGAAUUGUAAACUUGAGAUUUUGUAGCAAUUCUGAUAAUAAAGGGAAUGUUUUUGUGUCACUAUUAGCAAAUCUCUUAUAGUUUAUUUAUAGAAUUAGACUAAACUAACCGUACAUGGCAUUUGCGAUGAUAACUAUGACGAGGUUAAAACGGCUGAAUUAAAUGUCAUAUUUAUAUAAAAAUGUGAUGUUUAUCAUUGAUCAUCCCUCUGUCAUCUCAAUGCCGCUGUAAAGUUAGCUUAGAGAGCGCGCACACGGGCAACUUUUAGCGGCGCCUUUUUCGUCGCUCACAUCAUCGGUCUAUGGGCUAGUACGGAAGUGCGCACACGAAGCGACGCAACUUAUCAUACAAAUACGUAAGUCGCCGAGCAACUUUGUUGCCCGUGGGCGCGCGCGCAGCCUUAGACGGACUCUAUAUAGAAUUAUGGAUUCUAUAAAACUUGUGGGUCCAUACGAAAAGGUCCUUAUACUUAUAAGGUGUUUUUCGAUGGUAAGGCACAUACAUAUCAUAUUCUAAUGGUAAUGCAAGUACCCGUAUUGAAAAAAUGCCUUUGCCUAACAGUAGGGCCUUAUUUUGGCAGCAUUAUUAUUAUAUGAAUACUAUUGAAGACAUUUUAGAACUAUGUAUCUUGUAGUAAAAAUAGAAUUACUUAAAUGUUGGUUCCUUAAUACCAGAAUUUAGACAAUAUUUGUAUGAAACAUUAUUAUUUGUUCUUAAGUAUGUGUCUCGCUCUAUAUUGAUGUGAGUGAGUGAGAAACCCAGUUUUAGAAUAAACCUGAAAUAACUAAGAGUGACCCACCUUAACUUAUGAUCGCUAGUUUUUUUUUAAUUAGCACCUCACUCAGGUUAUUCAUCAGUAUACAGUAGUAACUUUACAUUAAAAAUGUUUAAUAUUUGCAAUUUUAUACGCCAAUUUCUAUGACGUUACAUAAUAACCUUUUCAUCGCGUUUAACUCACCUUAACCAAUGCACAGAUUAAUUAAUACUACAGGAGAUACACCACUCUGCGACUACGGUAAAAAGGUUAAAACGUCAACAUAUUUUAACCUAACGUGAGGUGCUCUGCUCAAAUAUAAUGUUUUGUAUGUUUUAAAAACAUUAUUUUCCAAGGCAAUUGUUAAUAACGUUUGGAAAAUUAUUUAUUUAUAUAUUCCUUCAAGUUCUCUGAUGAAAUAAAAAAAAACUUAUUCCUAUUUACGUAAUAUAUUAAUGAUAAAUUUAAAAUAGAAUGGAAUUGGUAUUAUUUAAAUAACGAAAUAUUGAUAGGUGCAAGGUCGACUGAAACGACUAGUCAUUAUCUCUUAAAUUAUUAUUUUCUGGAAAAUAAUGUUUUUCAAACAUCAACCUUCCAUUCGAGAAAACUGUAAAUAGUAUAAUGUAAACGGUUUCAGUGGUUUGUUCACUUCGGUAUGUUUAAAAAAUGAUCUCUCAUUUUUUUUAUAAUAGUUUUAAUCGAAAUUAAUUUUCGUAUUGUACAAACUUUCGAAACCGAAUUUUGAUGACUUUAAAAAUAUUAUUGUGAGGUAGAUUAAUGUUUUUUAAUUGGCAGAUCACUAUGACGAGAAUUUCAUUUUGUGUAGCGCCGAGAUUGUGUACCUACCGAUGAAUAUUUUACCAUAGACCAAAACUUUAUCAAUAAUUAAUUGAUUUCAUCUUAUCAUAUGAAUAACUGUAUUUUUACCAAAUCUGGUAGAUUGGUGGCAUUGGCCGUCACGUAAACUAAAUCUUACUAUUCUUACUCACGGACCGGAUAACCUCUUCAUUUGAUUAACCCUUUCGAUACGGUAAC